UUGGUGUCCCCCUCAAGUAGUGAAAUAUCCAACGGGGCCAGAGUAUUUCAAUUCGGGAGUGUCCCAGAGAAACCGGGACGUCCGCCAAAAGUUCCAAAGGGUAGAGGUGGAGGACAUGAAAAAAAAGUCAUUCAUCCUUAUAGUAGAAAGGCUGCUCAGCUUGCAAGAGAAGCUCACAAACAGGAAAAGAAGGAAAAGUUGAAGAAUGAAAAAGCUUUGCGUCUGAGUAUUGUAGGAGAAAAAUUGCAAUGGUUUCAAAGUCACCUUGAUCCCAGCAAAGCAGACUACACAAAGAAAGAAGCCUGUGAACUAAUUGAAAAAUAUUUACAUCGAUUCAGUGAUGAGCUGGAGCAGAUUGAAUUACAUAACAGCAUUAAAGGCAGACAGGGAAGGCAACACGGUUCCCGGGAGAUGAUCAUCAAACAGACCACAGAACAUGAAAGACAACUCUAUGAAGGAUAUGGAAUAGAUAUUCCUGACAUUGUGAACAGCAAACACCUCAAGAUUUUCAGGGAAUGGGAUGGUGAUCUGAAGAAACUGCCAAAUAUUAAAAUGAGGAAGGUCUCUGCUAAAGAUGCAGUUUGCAAUAGGACUGAGGUGGUAAAUGUGGAAACUGAAGAGGAGUUAGAUGCAGCAAAAGACACUAACCCACCACCUGAUACAAGAGACGAAACAGUCAAAGGUGACUGCAAGGAACCUAUUUGAACUAUCACUUGAGGCAAGAAUAAAGCUGGUAUUUUCAGUUACAUUUGAGACUACUUGUCUGGUUAAAUACUUGAUUAGUUGCUUGUGCUUCACCCUGGCCUUAAGGUACAUUAGAUUCAGUGUGAUGCUUAUUUAAAGAAAAAAACAAUGAAAGCUUUAAAAUCUGAAACUUUCAGAAAACUUCAAUUUUUUACCCCUACCUCUCUUCAGAAGCCCCUCAGGUAUGCCUUAGUGGGGAAUAGUUAUCCAUAGCCUUAGUGCACUGUCCCACAGCCAAAUCUGCAAAUUACCUGUUUUGGAGAUUGGGUUUUCAUGGUAUGGCCCGCUCUUUAGAUAAUAAUAAUAAUGAGGUGUAUAUGUCCUGUAAUUGUAAUUACCUGUAACUUGGUCCAUUACGUAGGGUGUGCUUUUAGAGAAAAUGGUACUAAACAUGCGCCUUAAAUCUGGA